AUGGGUAACAACCAUGCCAGUCUGGAUGACAUCCUCGCGGAGGACAUGCACCACUGGUAUAACAAAUUCAUGAGAGAGUCUCCGUCAGGCCUCAUCACUCUCUUUGAGCUCAAGUCUAUUCUGGGGCUGCAGGGAAUGAAUGAGGACGCCAACAGUUACGUGGAUCAGGUGUUCUGCACUUUCGACAUGGACAGGGAUGGAUAUAUCGACUUUGUGGAGUACAUCGCUGCUAUUAGCUUAAUGCUCAAGGGAGAAAUCAACCAGAAACUCAAGUGGUACUUCAAACUUUUUGACCAGGAUGGAAACGGGAAGAUUGACAAGGACGAAUUGGAAACAAUAUUUACAGCUAUACAAGACAUCACGAGAAAUCGUGACAUUGUGCCAGAGGAAAUAGUGGCCCUUAUAUUUGAAAAGAUUGAUGUUAACGGAGAGGGUGAACUGACACUGGAAGAGUUCAUCGAAGGAGCUAAAGAACAUCCCGAAAUUAUGGAUAUGCUGAAGAUAUUGAUGGACCUCACUCCAGUCCUAUUAAUAAUUGUCGAAGGGCGACAGAAAUAA